GCGUCCGGCAGGUGUCCGGACUGAAUGUGGCCCGGGUCGCAGAGGCGGCACCACCUAUCCUGGUCCCGUCGUGGCGCCCAGAACUCCGCAGAGGACGCGACGGUGAGGCUGGGGCUGCCUGAGGGGAGGGGGACGAUCCCCAGACCCAGCCCGCAGCAUCCCGAGACAGUUCGGCUGUGCGGGCGCCGGCGACUGCAGCCCCCCUUCCCAAUCCCAGAUCACUUCUGCCAGGAUGGGGAGAGGUGCUCUGGACGGAUCCCAACUAAUCCCUCUGCCCCAACACCUCUCCGGGUCUUGCCUCCGUAAGACCCCCUCCUUUCGCUUCCCAUCUCGUUCUUCCCAACCCAAUCCCCUCCACUCCGGCCUGCAGCCCGUAUCAGCGCCCCUGUCAGUUGAGGAGCCCGAGAGAGAGAGACGGACUGCGGCCCUUCGGCUCCCCGUCCCACUCCGCCCCUGCUAUCCCUUGCUGGGCUGGGGGCACCCAGAAGGAUGCUGGCCCUUUAAACCCUUGCUCCCCACCCCGAGCAUCUUCCAUCUCUCCACCCGCGCCACUUCCAACAGCUGGCAGCCGCGGGGAGCCCCGGGGGGCCGGCAGGUACUGGGGUGGCGGUGAGGCCCGGGAGGGUGUGAUGGAACAGCUGCGACAUUACCCGCCCCCCACCCCUCCGCCACUAGAGGAGCCGGCGGCGGGACUGCUGGGCGCCCGUAGCGCCAGUUAAACAUUAACCCUCCGGUCCCCGGGUCCCCGUGCUGCCUGGAGCUGCGCUCCGCCCCGGCUUCCCAGAGGCACCAUGCCCGGCCUGUACUGCCCCUCCAGCUGGACGCCGCUGCCCCUCACGGACUCCUGGGUUCGGGCCUGCGCCAAUGGACCCUGCCUCAGCCUGCGGGCCCGGCUCACCUACCACAACCCACAGCCGCAGCCUGUGGACGGCGUGUUUGUGUACCCGCUGGCCGAGGCCGAAGUGGUUUCGGGCUUCGAGGCGGAGGCCGCAGGACGGCGCGUCUCCUUCCAGCUGCAGAGCCGGCGCCGCUCGCAGGCCGCCUGCUGCCGCGCGGUGGGCCCCGCGCUGGGGGCCUCAACACCCCGCCGCUGUGCGCAGGGUCAUCUUGUCUUGGAUCUGGCCCAGGCCCGGUCCACACUGGUGCUGCCCACAGGCCUCAUCGCCGCAGCCGGCACCAUGACAGUGACCCUGCGCAGCAGCCGGGAGCUGCCCUCCAGGCCUGACGGGGUACUGCGCGUGGCCCUGCCCUCCGUGCUCACCCCUCUGGCCCCGCCAGGCCCGCUGGGGCCCCCCAGGCCUCCGGGGCUCUGUGACGACAGCCCCACCAGCUGCUUCGGAAUGGGCAGCCCUGAGGGGGAUGGGCCAGCCUGGGAGGAGCCAGCUGCCCCUCGGGACGUGUUCUCAGGCCCUGCCCGUUGCCCGGCCCCGUACACCUUCUCCUUUGAGAUGCUGGUGACUGGGCCAUGCCUGCUGGCAGGCCUGGAGAGCCCCUCUCAUGCUCUGCGGGCAGAUGCCCCCCCUCAUGCCAGCUCUGCAGCCACCAUCUGUGUCACACUGGCAGAGGGCCACCACUGCGACCGGGCCUUGGAGAUCCUGCUGCACCCCAGUGAGCCCCACCAGCCACACCUGAUGCUGGAGGCCGGCAGCCUGAGCUCAGCAGAAUACGAGGCCCAGGUGAGGGCCCGCCGGGAUUUCCAGAGGCUGCAGCGAAGGGACAGUGAGGGGGACCGGCAGAUGACUACAAAAGGGUGCCCCCUCUGGGUGGAAUGGAUUGAGAAAGUCUCCGGGGCUAGGUCCUGCUGCCAGCCUAGGUCGGAGUUGCACUCAGCCUGGCCCAGGAUGACUCGGGGCUCCCGUGCUCAGGUAUGGUUCCUGCAGCGACGCUUCCACAAGGACAUCCUGCUGAACCCCGUGCUGGUGCUGAGCUUCUGCCCGGACCUGAGCUCCAAGCCUGGACACCUGGGCACAGCUACUCGGGAGCUCCUCUUCCUGUUGGAUGGCAGCAGCAUGGCACACAAGGCCUGUGGGAGCACGGAUGCCAUCGUUUUGGCUGUGAAGUCGCUCCCGCCCCAGACACUCAUCAACCUGGCCACGUUUGGCACAUUGGUGCAGCCCCUCUUCCCAGAGAGCCGGCCUUGCAGUGAUUGUGGCCCAGCCCAUGUCCUUCUCCUCCAGGAAGCUGUGCAGCUGAUCUGCGAGAGCAUGGAGAUGCUGCAGGCUGCGGGCGGCCCCCCGGAUGUGAGGUCUGCGCUGGACUGGGCCCUGGGGCAGCCCCAGCACAGGGCCCACCCUCGGCAGCUCUUCCUGCUCACCGCUGCCUCGCCCAUGGCUGCUGAGACCCACCAAACCCUGGAGCUCAUGAGGUGGCACAGGGCGGCAGCCAGGUGCUUCUCCUUUGGGCUGGGGCCUGCCUGCCGCCAGCUGCUGCAGGAUCUGUCUGCCCUCAGCAGGGGCCAGGCCUACUUCCUGAGGCCUGGGGAAAGGCUGCAGCCCAUGCUGGUGCAGGCCCUGCGGAAGGCACUGGAGCCCGCGUUGAGCGACAUCUCUGUGGACUGGUUUGUGCCCGAUGCGGUGGAGGCGCUGCUGACGCCCCGGGAGAUCCCAGCGCUCUAUCCCGGGGACCAGCUGCUCGGUUACUGCUCGCUCUUCAGGGUGGACGGCUUCCGGUCCCGCCCCCAAGGGGACCAAGAGCCUGGCUGGCAGAGCUUGGGCAGCUCCGUGUUCCCAUCCCCAGAGGAAGCACCAUCUGCCACCAGCCCUGGCACCGAGCCCACUGGCACCUCAGAGCCACUGGGAACAGGCACUGUGUCAGCAGAGCUGUCCAGCCCGUGGGCUGCUGGGGACUCAGAUCGGAUAGGUGCUGAUCCUCUGACAGACCCAGUCACGGACCCUGGACCUAACCCCUCUUCUGACGCAGCCAUAUGGCGCCGCAUCUUCCAGUCCUCAUACAUCCGGGAGCAGUAUGUGCUUACCCACUGCUCUGCCAGCCCAGAGCCAGGCCCAGGCUCCACAGGCAGCAGCGAGUCCCCCGUCUCCCAGGGCCCUGGGUCCCCCGAAGGCAGUGCUCCCCUGGAUCCCCCUUCUCAGCAGGGCUGCCGCAGCCUGGCCUGGGCAGAAUCUGCUGGCUCCCACUCCUGCCCCCUGCCUCCACCCCCACCGGCUCCAGUCAAGACUGGGGCCUUGAGUGCUGAGGUGUUGGGCCGUCGACGCAGAGCGGCUCUAACUGGCCGAAGCCUCUCAUCCCCCCCAGGCCGGGUGAACUCAGUCCCUGGCCAUCUCCGGCACCCCUCUCUGGGGGCAGCACCAGAUGGGCCAGGCCCUGAGCCAGGGCAGCUGCUGGGACAGGGCCUGGAUGACUCAGGAAGCCUGCUCUCCCCAGUCCCCAUGGACUGGGACAUGUUGAUGGAACCACCCUUCUUGUUCACGGCUGUUCCCCCCAGUGGGGAGUUGGCCCCUCCAGCAAUACCACUGCCUCCCCAGCCUCCACGCUGCCAUGUGGUGAUCCGGGCCCUGUGCGGGGAGCAGCCUAUGAGCUGGGAGGUGGGCGUUGGGCUGGAGAUGCUGUGGGGGCCUAGGGACGCUGGCUCACUGCCUCCGUCACCCCCUGAAAGAGAAAGUGCUUGGGACCAAGCACUCCAUCGACUGACAGCAGCUUCCGUGGUCCGGGACAACGAGCAGCUGGCUCUCCGAGGACGGGGCGAGACCAGGGCUGACCGGGGUCAUGCCCGGAGGUCCUGGCUCCGAGCCCUUCAGACAAGCAAGGUCAGCUCUGCCCCUUCCUGCUUCACUUGCCCUGUAGCUGUGGAUGCUACCACCAGAGAGGUCCUACCUUCAGCCCUGCAGGUGCAGAGCUCAGAGCCAGCCGAACCCCCGGGCACCCCUCCUGCCUCUCAAGGUCAUCUAGAUGCAGCUCCUCUGCCCCCAGUCGUCCACUCUAAAGGCGGCUGGGAGCCGGACCAAAUUGGCAACUCCAGUUCUGCUUUGGGGGACCACGCAGCCCCCAUCGGAGGUCCUCAUCGUCUGCCCCCCGAGCCUCCCUCUCGGCUCAGCCUGGGCCGUCGGAAGGCCAGAGGCCCAGACAGCCAUAGACUCUGCAGCCCCAACACGGGCCAAGCCAGUGACAGCAACAGUGAAGGCAGCAACCACGACUACCUGCCCUUGGUGCGCUUGCAGGAGGCGCCCGGCUCCUUCCGCCUAGACGCGCCCUUCUGCGCAGCGGUGCACAUCUCUCGGGAGCGCCUGUGCCGUGCCUCGCCCUUCGCUGCACAUCGCGCCAGCCUCAGCCCCACCUCGGCCUCCUCUCCCUGGGCACUGCUAGGCCAUGGUGCUGGCCAGGGUGACAGUGCCACGGCCUCUUGCAGCCCAUCCCCCAGCUCGGGCUCCGAGGGUCUAGGCCAGGUGGACAGUGGCCGGGGCUCAGACACCGAGGCCUCGGAGGGGGCGGAAGGGCCUGGUGGUGCCGACCUGCGGGGCCGGACUUGGGCCACUGCUGUGGCGCUUGCGUGGCUGGAGCACCGCUGUGCCGCGGCCUUCGGCGAGUGGGAACUGGCGGCAGCUAAGGCUGACUGUUGGCUGCGGGCCCAGCACCUGCCCGACGGCCUCGACCUGGCCAACCUCAAGGCCGCAGCCCGGGGUCUCUUCCUGCUGCUGCGCCACUGGGACCAGAACCUGCAGCUGCACCUGCUGUGCUACAGCCCAGCAAACAUGUGAGGGUCACCGGUUGCUCUGGCUGGCACCCCCCAACAAACUCAAGUCACUGCCACCCAGAGCCAGCCUCUUGGUGCUGGGAAGGGGUGGGUGACAGUCCGCCCCUACUGCUUCUCAUUCCCUUCACAAAAUCCUCUUGCCCCACAGAAAGUGCCUGCCUGUGCUCUCUCCUGCUCCUCCCACCCCAUGCCCCUUCCCCUCUGAGCUCUGUGCAGUGCAGUAGAAGGGGAGAGAGCCACAGUCCCUAAAUCCUAUGCAAUAAAGUGCCUCUUAGGACUGUC